AUGGGGCUUGGCUCUUUGUUGCUUGAUCUUCUCAAUGAGCGUCGUCAAUGUGCUGCAGACUGUCUUCUAGUUCAGGAAGUUGUUCGUCAUCAGCCCGUACAAAGAGGUGCUUCAGAAUGGGUCUUGCCUGUCAGAUCCAGACAGGCUCGACUAUUAACGACGCAUGAAGCAUAG